UUUGCUUCCGGGAUUUUGGCAUUUGGGGGAUGCGGAUUUUGAGUGUGCACGCGUGGGUUUAAUUCCAGCUUCGCGAGGAGCUGCAGCGUGCACGGAGGCGUGUUGCUAGUGUGUAUACUGUGCUUACCUGAUUGGACGAUCUGUUUCCAGUUCUGUCGCUAUGGAGGCCCCUCCCGUCACCAUGAUGCCAGUCACUGGGGGCACCAUUAACAUGAUGGAGUACCUCCUGCAGGGGAGUGUUUUAGACCACAGUUUGGAAAGUCUCAUCCAUCGCCUUCGUGGUUUGUGUGACAACAUGGAGCCUGAGACUUUCCUUGAUCACGAGAUGGUAUUCCUUCUUAAGGGCCAGCAGGCCAGUCCGUUUGUUCUGAGGGCCCGGCGCUCCAUGGACAGGGCAGGGGCACCCUGGCACCUGCGUUACUUGGGACAGCCAGAAAUGGGAGACAAGAACCGUCACGCCUUGGUCCGCAACUGUGUGGACAUUGCCACAUCUGAGAACCUCACAGACUUCUUGAUGGAAAUGGGCUUCCGCAUGGACCAUGAGUUUGUUGCCAAAGGCCACUUGUUCCGGAAGGGCAUCAUGAAGAUUGUGGUGUACAAGAUUUUCCGAAUCCUGGUCCCAGGGAACACAGACAGCACAGAGGCCCUGUCUCUCUCCUAUCUUGUAGAAUUAAGUGUUGUUGCACCAGCUGGGCAGGACAUGGUCUCUGAUGACAUGAGGAAUUUUGCGGAGCAGCUCAAACCUCUGGUUCACCUGGAAAAAAUAGACCCCAAAAGGCUUAUGUGAUGAAGAAGGUCUGUCGGUCUUCGAGAUUUGUCCUCGCCCGGUAGGCAGAAAGAUCUCCCGAGUGCCCUGGAUCACUGCUGCCUGUCAGGUAGACUUCCUUCAGGAAGUCUUGAGUGGUGAGAAUUUGUUUCCUUUGGAACAUUUCCUUCAUAUGGUAAUUUUGUCUUUUUUGUUUGUUUUAUUGGUGAUAGGGCCUUACCCUUCCUCACCUGGAACUCACUACAUAACUAGCCUGUAAUUUAGAUCCCCUGCACGUCUGCCUAAGUGCCUAUGUUAAAGGCUCUCCUUACCAAGCCUGGCUGUUUCAUCUCCUUGACACUAUUUUCCCAUAAAUGGCCCAGAAUAACAUGGAGAUUUGUCCAAGUCCUCCACUCAGAGGAAAACAUCAAAAGCAACUCUGAUAAUUGUUUUGCCUUUUUUUUUUCUUUUUUAAAUAAAAGUAUUAUUCUUUUAUUUAUUUUUGUUUUCUUUAUAUGUUUUUGUUUGUCUUGCUUUGUUAUUUGUAUAUAAGGUGUAUAGCAGUGUUGUGAGCUGUCAUGGUAUGGUAAUAAAGAUGGGAAAGAAAUUUCAAUUCUGA